GUGGGUGGGUGGACUGAGGAGCAGUGGAAGUAGAAGAAGUGCAGAAGAAGCCUCUUUCCUUGUUGUUUUGUUUGAUAUGGCUUUCAUAGUUGAGAGAUGUGAGGAGAUGAUGUUGUCUGUGGAUUCUCACAAGCCAGUUCCUGCACCCUUCCUCACUAAGACCUACCAGCUUGUUGAUGAUCCUCGUACAGACCACAUUGUAUCUUGGGGUGAAGAUGAAACCACCUUUGUGGUUUGGAGACCCCCUGAGUUUGCUAGGGAUCUCCUCCCUAACUACUUCAAGCAUAAUAACUUCUCAAGCUUUGUUAGGCAGCUUAAUACUUAUGGAUUUAAGAAAAUUGUUGCAGAUAGAUGGGAGUUUGCAAAUGAGCUCUUCAGAAAAGGAGAGAAACACUUGUUGUCAGAGAUCCACAGAAGGAAGACCACCCAACAACAACAUCACCAACACUACUUUGAUCACCAACCACCACCCCAAUUCCUCCAUCCAGAUGAAAGUGGGUGUUGGAUUAAUGAUCCUCCAUUGGCAUCACCAAAGGGAGAAGAAGCUGAUGUUUUAUCAGUACUCACUGAGGAUAACCAGAGAUUGAGAAAGAAGAACUUCAUGCUAUUAUCAGAACUGACACACAUGAAGAAGCUCUACAAUGAUAUUAUCUACUUCCUCCAAAACCAUGUUAAACCAGUACCAGCAGACCAAAGGUCCAUCAAUAAUCAAGGGCCUAAGCUCGUGGAAGUACUUGACCCACCUCAGUAUCAAACUCCUUGUGGCCUCCAAACCUUUAAAGUUUGUGGUUCAGGAAACUGUUCAUCAGUGACCUUAACUGAGGAACCCAAUGACACUGUCAAGCUAUUUGGGGUUCCUCUCUGUGGUAAGAAGAGGCCUUGUAAAUAGGAACUGAAGGUUAUAGCUUUAGGCCAUUAAUUUAGAAAUUUUUGCUCCCUUUCCUCUUUAUAAUCUUGAUCUUUGCAUGUAAUUUACACUAGUAAUUAUCAUCAACCUAGAUAUGGUGUCCUUUAAUAUCCAAGCAAACCCUUACUUAUUUUGCCUUUCUUUCUAUUGCACUUCAAG